AUGGCGUUUGCCUCCUCCGCGGUCGAGACCUUGCGACCCAUGAGGCCCGUGUCACCCGUGACAGCCACAGCUCCGAAGCGUCGCCCCGCAAGUGCCAACCCCAGCUCUGUCAAAGACCGCACUGUAGUCGUAUUCGACUGGGACGAUACAUUGUGUCCUAGCUCUUGGCUACAUGCGCAGAAUUUACUACCCAAGUACCGUGGCCACAAUAUUAACAUUACAUCUGAGCAACGCGAAGUCCUCGCACUUGUGGGCGAACACGUGGCAUGUCUGCUACAGAAGGCUGUGGCCUAUGGUCCCAUAUUUAUCGUUACUGCAGCCGAGCAUGGAUGGGUCGAAAUGUCAGCUGCACUAUACUUACCCUCCGUUCAGAGUGUAUUAGCCCUCGACGAUGUGCAUAUUGUAUCCGCGCGCAGUUGGUACGAGCAGAAUUUUGGUGUUGGUGGAGAUUCGGCCACUUGGAAGCAAGAAGUGAUGCAACUAAUUGCACUUAAGUGCUUUGCAUCUCAAAAUACAACACGGACAUAUAGGCAAUCUACAACGUACUUUAACUUUGUCUCUAUCGGCGACUCAAUGGCUGAACGCGAUGCGUGUUUCGCCGCUGUGCAGAAUGUAUGUCACACGUUUGCGAAAACGCUGAAAUUUGUCGAACAUCCAAAUGCAGAAGAAGUGUUGCAACAAGUGAAACUUACGCAUGAUUCGUUUGAACAAAUGUGCCGAUGGGAGACGUCCUUGGAUCUGCGACUGUCUCGCGAACAGUUAGUUGAACUGCGAGGGGCGGCUUUUUAG